CCCCCCCUCUCUCUCUCUCUCCUCUUGCUCUCCCCCCACGUCUCUCUCUUUCUCUGUCUCCUACACUUAGUCAGAGUAACAGUACAGUGAGGUGACAUAUUCCCAGAAGCUUAUCAGUAGAUUCAGACCAGACUGGUGGAUCUAAACCAGGGGAUUUUAUAACCUUCCCAAGACAGAGUCAGCACACAAGAAUCAUCCAAUGAAAAUGGAUCUUUCCGAAGGAGAGGACUACGAGUACCAUGACAACAUGAGCCUAUUUUACCAUGACAACUACAGCUACGAGGACUACCACACCGUAUGCGAGAAGAGUGACGUGCGCUUCUUUGCCCAGAUCUUCUUGCCUGUGGUGUAUGCCUUGUGCCUGGUGGUGGGGUUGGCUGGCAACACCCUGGUAGUGGCCGUCUACGCCUACCGCAAACGCCUGAAGACCAUGACGGACGUAUACCUCACCCACCUCGCAGUGGCCGACCUCUUCCUGCUCUUCACCCUUCCGUUCUGGGCCGCCAAUGCUGUGCAGGGCUGGGAGCUAGGCGAGGCUCUCUGUAAGAUAGUCUCUGCCUCUUACACGGUCAACUUCACCUGCUGCAUGCUGCUGCUAGCCUGUAUUAGCCUCGACCGCUACUUAGCCCUGGGUCGAGCUCAGGGUAGACAACAAGGAGUCCUGGGAAGGGCUCUCCAACGACGUCACAGCGGGAAAGUGUGUGUGGCGGUGUGGGCCGUGGCCCUGCUCUUAGGCCUGCCUGAAUUGAUCUUCUCCACAGUGAAAGAGUCCACCAGCAGGAGGAUGUGUCUGACCGUGUACCCUUACAUCAUGGCUCAAGAACUCAAGGCUUGCCUGGAGGUGGUGGAGGUCCUCCUUAGCUUCCUGCUGCCUCUCCUGGUCAUGGUUUACUGCUACUAUCAUGUGGGGCAAGCGCUACGGGGUCUCCCUGAGCAGGGCAGGGGCAGGAAGUGGAAGGCUGUGCGGGUGAUGCUAUUGGUGGUGGGAGUUUUUGUGGUUACCCAGUUGCCUUACAAUACAGUGAAGGUGUUCCUCGCUAUGGACUCCGUCUACACACUGGUGACCCACUGUGGGGCGAGCAAGGCUUUGGAUCGUGCGGCUCAACUCACAGAGAGUUUGGCUCUGAUCCACUGUUGUUUAAACCCAGUGCUUUACGCUUUGGUAGGGUCCUCUUUCCGUCAACACGUGCUGAAAGUUGCCAAGAUGGUUGGAGAGAAAAGGAGGAGAAGGAGAAGAGAGGCAGGUCAGAGAGAAGAGCAGGCGGUGGAGAUGUCCUUCAACUCUCAUUCAGCCUCUCAGAAAACAAGCACUUUCUCAAUAUGAAUGACUUACUGCUACUAAACUCUAACAGUCAGACAUGGGUUAAAAUACUUUUUUGUAUUCAAAUUAGGUAGGUUUACCUACCUGUUAUAGCUGUGCAUGCAAGGUUGUUGAAAUGUUGAAAUGUAUUUACAUUAUAAUCAACAUUGUUAGUUAUUAUAGUUAGCCACAUAUCAACAUAUUUAGUAAAAAUAUUGUAAAUGUAUAGGGAAGCCAAUAAAAAGUAUGUCUAAAUACUACAAUGCAUUUUUCCCAUAGUGGAACUAGGCUACAUGAAAUACAGAAAAUAAGGUACAGUACUUGUGAACAAAGCUAUUAUCUGGGCUGGCAUUAUGUAGUCAGUAGCUAUGCUAGGCCAGUCCUCUCUAGAAAUGUGGACAGCCUAGAUUUCCAGCAAAGGGAAUGUUUACAUAUUUGCCUAUUAAAUGUCAACAAUUCUGUAUUGCAAUUGUAGAGGAUUUCAAAAUACACUUUUUUCCCCACCAUCUCCAAAAGUAGUUGUAGGUUAGGCAACAUUAAAGUGAGUUAAAGCACACUGGUUCAGUCUUACAUCAAGGCCUUUAGACGAGGGUACUUUACAAAGUAGCACAAUUUUUCUCUUUUUUCUCAAGCAAACAGUGCUGCAAUUAGACUGUUCUAGGAAGUUGCUGUUUGUUGUUGCCUGGUCUCAAACGUAGCACUCACUAGUUAGGUUUUAGGAUCGUCGCUCUGGAUAAGAUCGUCUCCUAAAUGAUUGUUCCCCAUGCUGAAAAAGAUAAAGGGUGUUUUCCCCCCCCCCACAAAUUAACCCGUAUCAAAUACCGUCGGUUUAUAAACAGCUGGGUAAUAUGGUACGAUUGUAGAACACGCCAAGUUGCCAGGCAUGACGGAAUUCAGAGAUGCUUAUUGCGACCUAAAUUCCUCAGGACAUCUGAACCCCACAUUUACAGCACAUCAUUCUUCCGCGUGACAAUGAGCAGGAAGCAAGCAUCAGCCCUCCAGGAACAGACGAGCCGCUCCCAGGAUGAGGUAAACCCGUGUUUCUGUCCUUCCAAACACAACCUUGGAAAAAAGAUAACCUUGGAGUGUACAGUGUAGUAUACUUCAUGUCUUUACUUACAAUGCCCUUGUGAAAAACAAUGGGACUUCUGUGGUGAGUUGCAGAUAAGUGUUUGUAGGAUCUGCCAAUGUCCCUGCCAAAGAAACCUUGCCUGACUAGUUGUGGAUGGAAAAUUGAGGCUGCAAUCAUUCAUUUCCUUCAGGAAAUAUUUAAUAACUGCUGCACUGGUUGGCAUUUGAGCUUGCAAAAAAUGUGGGAUAUUCAUGCCAUUCUGUCAUCAAUAUUUCCUUUUUGUAAUGUGACUUUUGAUGCUUUGCUACCCCAUGUGUUUUCACAUAUGGGAACUCUUACCAAUGCCUCCAUCUGUUCAUAGCUGCCCCCCCCCCCCCC